UCCCUGAGCCUAAAGAGAUCAGCAUCGCCGCUCGCUCCUGACGACGCUGCGACGACGCGAGACACCCGGAGGCCGGACGAGGACAGUGCCAACACCUCCAUCCAGAGGGGUUCCACCUGUGAAUGGACACAGCAGGAAGCCAUGGCGUCGUCGCAGGCGGAUAGCAUGAACCCAAAGAUGGAAGGCGGCGCCGGACACGGCAAUGACAAAAAAGCCUGCCCUGUGCACACGCCAGGCUCGGGCGACACCAAGCGGGGCUUCCGCAAGAGCAGGCACAAUGACUACGUGAAGAUCUCCAUGAAGGAGCCCGAGGCCAACCGCCUGCCAUCGGAAUGGUGGAAGACGACACUUCUCUUCUUCUACGCCGGCCUCAGCCUGGUGCUGACCACUGUGGUCAUCACGGUGGUCCACGAGAGGGUUCCGCCCAAAGAGAGCAUCCCGCCACUGCCCGACACCUUCUUUGAAUACAUCGACAGAGUCAAGUGGGCCUUCACCGUUACGGAGGUCAAUGGCAUUGUGCUGGUUACCAUUUGGUUCCUGCAGCUCUUCUUCUUCAACCACAAGUCCAUCGUAUGCCGACGCUACUUCUUCCUCCUGGGCACCUUGUACUUGUACCGCUGCAUCACCAUGUACAUCACCAUCCUGCCUGUGCCUGGCAUGCACAUGACCUGCGCGCCCAAGCUAUACGGAGACUCUUAUGCCAAGUUCCAGCGAAUUCUGAGGUUGAUUUCUGGGGCCGGCCUGUCCAUUACCAAGUCCCACAUCAUGUGCGGAGACUUCCUCUUCAGCGGCCACACCGUGAUGCUCACCCUCACCUACCUGUUUAUCAAGGAAUACUCACCACGCUCGUUCUGGUGGUACCACCUGAUGUGCUGGCUGCUGAGUGCCGUGGGUGUGGUGUGCAUCCUCGUAGCACACGAACACUACAGCGUGGACGUGGUAGUGGCCUACUUUGUCACGACGCGACUCUUCUGGUGGUACCACAGCAUGGCCAACACACAGUGUCAGUGUACCCAUAACAACUACCUCAGCAACGCCUGGUGGAACCCGCUGUUCAACUUCAUGGAGCAGAACGUGAACACGCCUGUGCCGUGCGCGUACGGCUGGCCCAUCAGCUGGGCGCCCGCAUGCCUGAAGAACCCCUGUAAGAAAUACUCCAUGGUUCAGAGCACACGCAAUGAGUGACAAACUCGAGUGGGGCGGGGGACGUCUAACAAACAAACGUGCCUAGAAGGAUAAUCAAACUUUGUCUGUCUGUCUUUUUUUUUUUUUUUUGCUGUUGUAAUUUAUUUAGCUGCCUAGUUGUCUGUUUCUCUGUAUGUGUGUGUGUAUACAUACAUGUGCCAGCUUCGAGAGCAGGGGUGGGCAACCGACAAGAGCGUUUUACCCCCCCCCCCCCCCCCCAAAUGCUCAUAAUAUCUAAUAAUAUAGAUUUGUUCAAAGGUUGCGUCAUGUUUUCCAUCAAAUCUAUAUAACGCCAGAUGGGGAAAAAGGUUCCCCACCUCUGUUCUAGGGUGUUUUAGAAGCAUUUAUAGCAUCUUCAUGUUCCAAACUAAAAUUCCAAAUGUAUUCUUUUUUUAAUUUGUUCAAUGAGCGGACCUCACUGUCAGUGUCACAAGGUGCCUUAUUGUUGCCCAACCAGCCACACUACCAAAUAAAAAUGUCACAAAAAGUAUCCUAACUGUAAUAAUGAUGUGUGACGGUAGUAAUUGCUCUGCCUCUUAACUAUACAUCACUGGCAUAGAUACAGUACAUGAACAAAGGUAUAUUACUUGUAGUAAAUAAUCAUUUUCAGACCAAUUAAGUGCAAUUCAGUUAUUUUCCGCGCCACAUACUGUAUGAUGAGCUCUCACGACACAUUACUUCUCCGCGGCACAGUGGUUGGGAAUCACUGCCUUAGUGGGUUCAACGUCAGUCGUCUUGUACCGAAACUGCCUUCAUGAGUCUCCCUGAGUCUUUCUUCCCCUUCAUUAUUAUUAUUAUUAGUAGUAUUAUUAUUAUUAUUAUUAUUCAUUAAACUUGAUUUCAGAACCCAUUGAUAUGUGUGUAGCAUCGCUGUGGUCUUUACAUUGUAUUAAAUUGAA